GCUAUUACCGGACGCGCCUUUGCUACCAACGACUACUCAAAAAGAUUCGCCGACACUCAUACAGGGAAAUGCCGAUAACAGCUGUCAGAUGCUAGAGCGUAAUAGGGAAGCAAAACAGAAGAAUUAAGAACUAACUGAUGAGUAGGCAGUUUUAGAGAUCUUUUUCGGUGAAACAAAUAAGCAUUAAUAGUUACUAAAUUGAAUUCGUAUAAUUAUUAAUGGUGCAGUUAGCAGUGAACAGUUUAUUAAUCCGUAUUAAUAAGUUGCCAUAUCCAAGGUAAAUUCUGAUAUAAUUCAUUUGAAAUCGACCAGUUCUAAAAAAAAUAUGUUCCCUAAAAUUAAUCACAGAACGCAACGUAUAUCACUGUGAGCUAGCAGUGCACCAAAUUGGCCCGAUUACCUGUAGGAUCUGGCUAUCGUGAUUAAGGCAGCAAAACCUGUACCGUAGGGGUUCGCAUUCCGGAACAUACGGAACAUUAGAGCAGGCACUAAACGGAAAAUUUAACGUAUCCUAGUACCCAAUAAAGGAUUGUUUAAGUUUGCGGAACUUGUCUACCAUAUUGUUGCCAUCUUCGGGAACAAAUUAAAUUUUCCGUUUACUUCCGGAAUGUCAAGCCAAAGCGUGGCGGGUGCCGGAGAACAUCUCCGUAGAAAGAGGGAUUCUCCUGGUGGUGAGGGGGCGAGUUGCGGUACGUGCCGCCGUGUCGAUAAUAGUCGUAUGGUACAGUGUGACAAGUGUGACGUGUGGUAUCAUUACGAUUGUGUGAGCGUGGACGAUAGUAUUCAGAAUCAUGACUGGGAUUGCAACGGAUGUAUGAGGACAGAGCUGGAGAAGCAGAGGCGGGCUUUGAGCGAGCAGUUGGAGCGUCUUGAGCAGCAUCAGAGGCAGUGGCAACAGGAUCAACAAAGGCACCUAGAGCUGACGGAAAAACGGCAGAAGCUUGAGCAGUGGCAGCAACCAGAAGUGCAGCAGCGAAAGCAAGAGCAGGUCAUCCGAAUGCAGUUAGGACAGUUGCAGUUGCAGCAGCCAAGUGUGUCGUCUGGAGCAGUUAUGACUGGACUCGAAGCACCUCCGAACACCUCCGGAGCUAUUCCGAAGCAGCAUCGGCAUCAAGUCAAGAUCCUGGAGAAGACUACGUCGGAAAGAUUCACAGCACAUGAACGACGCAACACUGAGCCGCUGGCAAACUCAACCACCAACAAUGCGAGGACAACAGUCAGGACCGACAGAGCAUCGUCUAGGUCGUCGAAGCGUUCAGCGAAACUUAGAGAACUAGAAGCGAGGGCCCUGGAAGCUAGACAAGCGUUAGAGAUGAAGCAGUUGGAAGAACGACUCGCACUUGAGCGUGAAAUGUUGGAGUUCAGCGAUUCCGAGGCGGAAUCAAUUAUAAGUCUGGAGAAGAUAAAUGAGUGGCUAGAGAAAACGGAGAAUAUGGGGCAGCAAACUGGAAGUUCCUUGGAUGACACACCUCUGCCGGUGUAUAACGAAAUUCUUCGACAAACGGUUGCGUCAUCUGUGCAACAUGGUCUUCCAAGUAGCAACACACCAGUUGGGCCGACUGCGACUAAUCGUCAACUACCGGUAGCGGAAUCUUCUUUGCAUCAGCCGUUUGCAAUGCCGCAGCAAAUUGACAUGGCCUACGCUCCUGGUACACACUUCGGCCAUUCAAGACCCGGUAUUAACAUCCCAAGGGUUACAGCGAACCAAGUAACGAACUACCAACCGGUGUUCGGCGGAUAUUCAUCGGUCCCCGUGUAUACUGUAGCGUCUCAGCGACCGAUAAUGUCUACAACAUACCCGGCGGUAAACCUUCCGCAUCUCGUCGCUCAGAACGUGGUUAACUCACAAGGUAGCAGCCAGCCGCCGCUGAUGACAUCAACUCCGCGGCAAAACUCCCUUCAGCAGCAAAUUGGCAAUGAUCCAAUUCCACUCACCAGCAGCCAUCUAGCGGCGAGACAGACGGUGAAGGACUUGCCGAAGUUCGGUGAGGAUCCCGAGGAUUGGCCACGAUUCAUAGCAGCGUACGAGCAAACCUCCAGGAUGUGUGCUUUUCGGAAUGACGAGCUGCUCGAUCGUCUGGAGCGGAGUCUUCACGACAGGGCACUUAACGCCGUCAAGAGUCUGCUGCUUCAUCCAGACAACGUGUCGGCAAUAAUGAACCGUUUGCGAACCCUCUUUGGUAAUCCGGAGUCCAUCGUGGAGACAAUGGUUCAGAGAAUCCGCUUAAUGCCACCACCUAAAGCCGAUAAGAUAGAGACGAUCGUUGACUUUGGCGUCGCAGUGCAGAACUUGUGUGCAACAAUACAGGUUUGCCAGAUGGAUGAACGGUUCUACAACGUUGCUCUAAUGCAAGAGCUCGUCGAGAGUCUGCCGUCAUCGUUGAAGAUUAAGUGGGCAAUCCAUCGGAAAGAGAUUGGAGCAGUCACGCUCUUGCACUUCAAUCACUGGCUCGGCGAGAUGGUUGAAGCUCUGUGCCAAAUAAUGCGGCCAGCGGUGUGGGCUAAACCCGAGCAUAAGUCGGACAGAAAGAAUAGGAGAGACGAAGCCUUUGUUCAUGCGCAUUCUUCGCAUAUGCCAGAAGAGGUAGACAGCAAUAGUUGCCUUGCGUGUGGAAAUCAAUGCAGUGCUCUCGAUGUGUGCAGCAGUUUCCUCGAGAUGUCGACGAAUGCAAGAUGGGCAUUGGUGAAUGAAAAGAAGAUUUGCCGCAAAUGUCUAACAAAGCACUUCAAAACCUGCGAUAGGAAGGUUCCAUGUAACCAGAACGGGUGUAGUUUUCUUCAUCACCGGUUACUACACGAUGACAGCAAACACAAGAAACCAUCGUCUAGCAUUUCGACGCAGGACGCCUCUGUGAAUGCACACUACAACUUGCUGAACAGAGUACUGCUGAAGUACGUUCGAGUCACGAUUCAUGGUAAGGGGAAAUCGAUCACUACGUACGCUUUUCUGGAUGCUGGAUCUACUUCAACGCUGAUGGAACACAGUUUGUGGGAGGAGCUCAACUUAAAUGGUGAAAAAUCUCCGUUAUGCAUCUCGUGGACUGGUGGACAAGGUCGGUAUGAAGAAGACUCAGUUGUUUUCUCGGCGGAGAUCACCGGUGCUCAAACUCCAGGGCACAGCUUCCACCUCUCAGAAAUACACACAGUGCGUAGCCUCGACCUUCCUGCGCAAACACUGUCGGCACAGAAUCUAGCGAAACAGUUCCACCAUCUAUCAGGUCUUCCAAUCGAAUCGUACGUUGCCGUGAAGCCAAGAAUUCUGUUGGGAAUUGACAGCUGCCGACUGGAGUAUCCUCUCGAUUCAAAAGAAGGUGGUGAAAAUCAGCCAACAGCGGUUCUAACACGGCUGGGCUGGGUAGUCUACGGUCCAUGCUCAUCGUCGGAAGGACAAAUAGUGAAGAAGGACGUUUCAUACGGAUACCAUAUCUGCCAAUGUGAAGGACUGCAUUCAACUGUCAUGAAGUACUUUUCUAUGGACAGCCUUGGGAUCAAACUGACCGGAAGACCGCUGAUGUCAAAGGAUGAUGAACGAGCGCUGGCUCUGCUGAAGACAAACACGAUUACAAAGGGUAGAAAGUACGAAACAUGCCUACUAUGGCGCUACGACGAAGUCCGGCUGCCAGAGAGUAAGCCCAUGGCCCUAAAGCGACACGACUGCCUUGAUAAGCGCAUGACUCGGGAACCAGAACUAGCACGAGAGCUGCAGGAGAAAAUAUUGGACUAUCAAACGAAAGGGUACAUCCGCAAGCUGUCGGCACAAGAGGAAGCAACGCACACCGGACGAUCAUGGUAUCUGCCCAUCUUUCCGGUGGUGAAUCCGAACAAACCUGGGAAGCUGCGCAUCGUCUGGGACGCCGCUGCUAAAGUAGGAAAGCUAUCACUCAACUCAUUUCUGUUAAAGGGUCCUGAUCAAACUACUCCGCUACGACACGUCCUUCAUCGAUUCCGAGAGUUUCGUACCGCAGUGACUGGGGAUAUACGGGAAAUGUUCCACCAAGUCCGGAUCAAUUCCGAAGAUCAGCAUUUCCAGAGGUUCCUGUGGAAUGAUGGUGUCGCCGGAAAGGCUCCCUCUACGUACGUAAUGGAAGUUAUGACGUUCGGCGCGUGUUGCUCUCCAAGUAGUGCACAAUACGUAAAGAACAUCAAUGCUGAGCGAUUCAGAAAUCAGUUCCCAGCUGCAGUAGAGGCGAUAUGUGAUGGGACGUACGUGGACGAUAUGCUCUGCAGCGUAGAAACUGAAGAAGAAGCCAUGAAACUCGCACAGGACGUGCGUCAAAUACACGCGGAAGGAGGAUUUGAAAUACGAGGAUGGCUGUCAAACUCCAAGAAAGUAGUUGAAUCCAUGGGUGAGCAGCGACUAAUCCAGAAGGACUUGUACAAAGAUGGCGAGCUGACAUCGGAGAAGGUCCUGGGAAUGUGGUGGCACACGACAGACGACACGUUUACAUUCAAAAUUCCAAAGCGAUGCCGGCUUGAGCUGUUGUCCGGAGAACAAGUCCCCACGAAACGAGAAGUUCUGCGAAUCCUCAUGUCAAUCUACGAUCCUCUAGGAUUUCUUGCCAAUAUUCUGAUGUUCUUGAAGGUGUUACUCCAAGAGAUUUGGCGCUCAAAUAUAGGUUGGGACGAACCAAUAUUGGAUCAGCAGCUAGAGAAGUGGAGAACGUGGCUCAGCGUUCUGCACGGCGUACACAAAGUAAAUGUUCCUCGUUGUUACCGGUCCAAGACUUCCUCAAUAGUUGAAAGCAACGAAGUUCAACUGCAUGUCUUCGUUGACGCGAGCGAAAACGGAUACGCAGCGGUCGUUUAUUUGCGCUUCCAAGAGCACGGCAUAAUUGAGUGUGCCUUUGUUACUGCUAAGACCCGCGUUGCUCCCCUAAAAUACGUAUCUAUUCCUCGACUAGAGCUUCAAGCGGCAGUGAUUGGCGCACGUUUGGCGAAAGACGUUGGCGAAACCCACAGGAUCCCAGUUAGAAAACGGUUCUUCUGGACCGAUUCCAGGGAUGUGCUGAGCUGGCUACACUCGGACCACAGAAGGUACAGCAAAUUCGUCGGCGCGAGGAUUGGGGAAAUCCUGGAAAAUACCGCUUUGUCAGAAUGGUUCUGGAUCCCGACGAAGCAGAAUGUAGCUGACGAGGGCACGAAGUGGCAGAAGAUCCCCGACCUUUCUCCGUCAAGCCGUUGGUUUAAGGGACCGGAUUUCCUAUGGCAUCAGGAUAGUGAGUGGCCAGUCCAGCCGAUAAGUAACGGAAUAACUACGACCGAAAUGAAUGCUGUAGUGAGCGUCCACGUUACACAUGAGCCCGUCCUAAAUAUGACGAAAUACUCUAACUGGCGAAACCUCCUCCGAGUCACUGCAACUGUACUUAGAUUUGUCAGCAACAUCCAAGCUAGGCUACACAAUCGUGCACCAGUUAGUGGAGUUCUUAAUCAAUUUGAACUAAUCAAAGCAGAACGCUGUAUAUAUCGGCAGAUUCAGCUAGAAGCCUUUGGCGAGGAGAUUGCGUUAUUAAAGCGCCCUAAGUUCGGAGAUGCGAAAUACGCGAGUCUGGUCCCCAAAAGUAGCUCCCUCUACAAGCUCUCGCCGUUUCUGGAUGACCACGGAGUGUUGCGGUCAGGCGGAAGAACUACUGGAUGCCAAUUCAUCAGUGAAGAUGCCGUUCAUAAUAUUCUGCUGCCAAAGAAUCAUCCAGUCACGACACUGAUUAUCCAAUUCAUCCACGAUCGGUAUCACCACCUGAACCACGAAACUGUCGUGAACGAACUGCGGCAAAAAUACUGGAUCCCACAGCUACGAAGAACCUGUUACAAAGUUCGACAGCAAUGCCAGUUCUGCAAGAACGCCAGAGCUCGACCACAGCCGCCGGUUAUGGCCGACCUUCCUACAGCUCGCCUAGCAGCAUACACAAGACCGUUCUCCUAUGCUGGGAUCGACUUUUUCGGGCCAAUGCAAGUUGUCAUAGGAAGGCGGAUUGAGAAGAGAUGGGGUGUACUGAUCACUUGUUUGGUGGUACGCGCCGUCCAUAUAGAAAUAGCUCAUUCGCUCAAUACUAGCUCCUGUAUCAUGGCAUUACAGAAUUUUAUAGCCCGACGCGGGAUUCCUCUGGAGCUGUUUAGUGACAGGGGAACAAAUUUCAUUGGUGCCAACCGUGAAUUAAACGAAGCUCUUCGAUCUCUUGAUAGAAACAAGCUCAUGCAAGAAUUUGUGACUCCACUUACGAAGUGGUCUUUCUUGCCUCCAAGUAGCCCGCAUAUGGGAGGAAGCUGGGAAAGACUGGUUCAGUCAGUAAAGAAGGUCCUGCGAAACAUGCAUCUACCAAGAACACCAACGGAUGAAGUUCUACGGAAUAGUUUGAUCGAAGUAGAAAACAUCAUCAAUUCGCGCCCCCUCACCUACGUCCCCAUCGAAAACUCCGAGAGCGAGGCUCUAACGCCUAAUCAUUUUUUAUUGGGUUCUUCUGGAGGCACAAAACCAUUAGUGCCCUAUGAUGAUAAACCCGCCACGCUGAUCAAUAGUUGGAAAACCUCGCAGAUCUUCGCCAACAUGUUUUGGAGACGAUGGCUCCGAGAAUACCUGCCAACGAUCACUCGCAGGACAAAAUGGCACUACCCGGUGAAACCAGUUCAAGUUGGAGACGUGGUGAUAAUCGUCGACCCCGAUCUACCGAGGAACUCGUGGCCAAAAGGACGGGUCAUGGAAGUCAGCCAUAAAAACGGCCAGGUACGCAGUGCAACGGUAAGAACUUCGUCAAACAUAUACGAACGGCCAGCGGUUAAGCUUGCAGUCUUGGACAUCGGCGCAACGGAGAGUACACAGGAACCUGGACCCUAUGUACUGGCGGGGACUGUUCCGCUAUUACCGGACGCGCCUUUGCUACCAACGACUACUCAAAAAGAUUCGCCGACACUCAUACAGGGAAAUGCCGAUAACAGCUGUCAGAUGCUAGAGCGUAAUAGGGAAGCAAAACAGAAGAAUUAAGAACUAACUGAUGAGUAGGCAGUUUUAGAGAUCUUUUUCGGUGAAACAAAUAAGCAUUAAUAGUUACUAAAUUGAAUUCGUAUAAUUAUUAAUGGUGCAGUUAGCAGUGAACAGUUUAUUAAUCCGUAUUAAUAAGUUGCCAUAUCCAAGAACACAACGUAUAUCACUGUGAGCUAGCAGUGCACCAAAUUGGCCCGAUUACCUGUAGGAUCUGGCUAUCGUGAUUAAGGCAGCAAAACCUGUACCGUAGGGGUUCGCAUUCCGGAACAUACGGAACAUUAGAGCAGGCACUAAACGUAAGUAAUUAUGUGAACAGUUGGUUUGGUAUUAAUUACUGUAUAAUGAAAUACUUAAAUUGAUUAUUAUGACAUACAGGGAAAAUUUAACGUAUCCUAGUACCCAAUAAAGGAUUGUUUAAGUUUGCGGAA